UGUGUUUUACCAGGCUUCAGAGCAGAGCUAGGCACUCAGACAGGGGUGUUUUACUGGCACAACUGAUGAAGAAAGGUUUGCGUUUCAUUUGAAUAUAAGCAGACAACCAGAUAUGAUUCUUUCUACCUAUCACACUAUCCAGUCUGUUUUCUGCUGCUGCUGCUGCUGCACAGUGCAAAAAAGAGCAAUGAGAACAAAAAUGAACCUGGACCCUGAUACUGGCCUGGUGACCCAGUACUCUGCCUCACAACCAGAGGUUUCCUAUGCAUCUACUUGGAAGUGCAGGCGUAAGAGGCAAUUGCGUGUAAAGAACAAGCCGUUACCUCCUCUACCUGCUGAGGCCUUGGAAGACUACACAAAAAAUGUCAAAGUUAUUGCACUAUAUGACUUUUUUGCUAGAGGACCAUCUGAUUUAACGCUCAAGAAGUCAGAAGAAUACAUUAUCCUUGAACAGUAUGAUCCCCACUGGUGGAAAGCAAGAGACCAGCAUGGGAAUGAAGGCCUAAUUCCCAGCAACUAUGUUACUGAGAACAAGAAAAGUAAUUUAGAAACAUACGAGUGGUACUGCAAAAACAUCAACAGAAGCCAGGCAGAACUGCUCCUGCAACAGAAGUGCAAAGAAGGCGCAUUUGUUGUCAGAGAUUCAAGCCAGCAGGGACUCCUUACACUGUCGGUGUAUUCACGGUCUAAAGGAAGUCACAGUGGAGACAUUCGGCAUUAUCAAAUUAAGAAAAAUCACUUGGAACAAUAUUAUGUAGCAGAAAAAUAUCUCUUCUCAUCUGUUCCUGAACUCAUCCAAUACCAUCGACACAAUGCUGCAGGUCUUAUCACUCGUCUCCGACAUCCAGUUGGAUCAAUUGGAUGUUCUUCACCAGCAACAGCGGGAUUUAGUUACGAGGAGUGGGAAUUAAACCCAGCAGAACUGACGUUUAUGAAGGAACUUGGGCGUGGGCAGUUUGGAGUCGUUCAGCUGGGGAAAUGGAAAGCAACCAUCAAAGUUGCCAUCAAAACGAUCAAUGAAGGUGCAAUGUCUGAGGACGACUUCAUUGAGGAGGCCAAAGUGAUGAUGAAACUCUCCCACCCGAAGCUGGUCCAGCUUUACGGAGUGUGCACACGCCACAAGCCUCUCUAUGUAGUGACUGAGUUCAUGGAGAACGGCUGCCUGCUCAACUACCUGCGGCAGAGACGGGGGAAACUCAGCAGGGACCUGCUGCUGAGCAUAUGCCAGGAUGUGUGUGAAGGGAUGGAGUAUCUGGAAAGAAAUAGGUUCAUUCACCGUGAUUUAGCUGCAAGAAACUGUUUAGUCAAUGCUGAGCACAUUGUUAAAGUAUCCGACUUUGGCAUGGCAAGGUAUGUCAUUGAUGAUGAAUAUAUCAGCUCUUCAGGUGCUAAGUUUCCAGUCAAGUGGUCAUCUCCUGAAGUCUUUCAUUUCAAAAAGUACAGCAGCAAAUCCGAUGUCUGGUCAUUUGGUGUGCUGAUGUGGGAAGUCUUCACAGAGGGCAAAAUGCCUUUUGAAAAUAAAUCAAAUUGUGAAGUUGUCCGUGAGAUUUCUGAGGGAAACCGGCUUUAUCGACCGCAUUUGGCAUCGCAUACUGUGUACAAAGUCAUGUACAGCUGUUGGCAUGAGAAACCUGAAGGACGUCCUUCUUUUGAAGAAUUAGUAGAGACCCUCACAGAUAUAACAGAAAUGGGGUAAUCAGAGAUUUUACACAGGUGUAUUUACUGGAAAACCAGCAUUAAGCCUGUCAAUGUAGUUGACACAGAAAACACCAGACUUUUACAGCUGUCUCUACUUAAAUUGUGAUAGCAGCAUCCUGCAUAGUGAAGCAGCUGUUUGGGCUUGGUGUAACUUUUGCUCAUUUGAGAAAGAUAUCUAAGGAGACUGGUUUGGGGCUCUCAAGCUUUCAUUUUCUUGAUUAGGGAUAAAAAUCUCCUGUCUAGAAAGAAGUAACCAAGCUUACUUGCUAUGCAAGCCUUUUUUAUUCUUUUUGUCAGAGCUACACUAAUUCUCAUAAUAAUAUUACUAAGAAAUGAUUUAUUACUUAAUAUGGUUCAUGCACUGGGCAAUACUGAUUAGUGGCACCAAAAACGAUGGAAGAGAAUUUUAUAAAGUGUCAGAGAGGUCAUAUCUAAAGGCAACACCUUUUGCACUGCAAAGCACUGAAGAAAUGGAGCAGUGUUUCAGAGGAAACACAACUGCCAGAGCAGCAC